UCUCAGUUCGGUGUGCUUCUUGUCGAUUUGAACAACAAAGAAAAGCCUUUCAUUGAUUAUUGGUCGGUGUUUGCCUAAUCUGUAAAGAAAAAAACAACAAUAUAGUACCUCUAAUGAAGUAAAAGAUACUUGUAUUCUCUCUUGUGAUGAUGAAGGACAGCACAAUGUCGGUUGCAGACACAGAAGAUUUCAUUCCAACUCAGGAGUCGAGCCCUACUGAUGAUGAACAUGAAGAACAAGAAGAAGAAGAAGAAGAAGAGACUGAGGACAGCCCGUUUGUCAACAUGCAAACGGAGCUUCACUGUAAAGGUGCUGUGCUCACAAGGGCAUGGUCAGACUUGUUUAGUUUCAUCACAAAAUAUCAAGCUGAACUGGUGGUGAAAGAAAAUUCUGUUGAAAUAGCGGAGAAAGAAAUCAAAGAGCGAAAGAGACAAUUGGAAGAAAUGAAACCAGUGGUUGACGCUGGUAACGAAGAGGUUUCUAAAUUACAAGAUGAGAUUCGAACAAAAGAAAGACUUCUUAGCAAAGCACAAUCACAACUUUCUGUCAAGGAGAGAAUGUUGCAACGGGUACAAUCAGACUUGUCUGGUAAUAUGGAAAUGUUAGAAAAAUCUCGAAGUGAACUUUUAAGUAAGCAAAAUGACGUUAUUCGAUAUAGAGGUGAUUUAGAACGUCUGAGAUCAGAAUUGACAAUAUCGCGAGAACAAAUUCAAAUCAAAGAUAAUCUACUUAAAAAGCUACAAAAUCAACUCAUGAAGGAGAAUUUAGAGUUAAAGGAACAGUUGGAGCUGGAACGACGAUCCCAUGAAUUGGAGAAACGGUCACAUGAAUUGACAAAAAGGAGUAUGAUGUCACAGAUGCAGAAUGAAAAUUAUAGGAAAAGACCGAGAACUGGUCCUUCUCCUGCUGCUGUGAUUGAAAUCCCCGACUCGCCUCCCACACUUGACCUCUCCAAUGAACAUGAUUUCGGAUUGUCGAACAUCAUCUCGAUGACUGAAUCGCAAUCGACAGAACAAGACUCUUAUUCUCAGAGAAGAUUUGCCAGCCCCUCACCGUCUUUUAGUGAUACCUCCAGCCGAUUGCAUCACCUUCCUCCCUCUGAUGCUUCGUCUCAAGUUGGUUUUACAACUCCUCAAAAAGCUGCACCUUCACCUUCCAAGUAUCUUGUGUCACCGUCUAUGACUCCACCGAGAACUAUGUCAAGUAUUAGUGAACACGUCUCUCAAAGAGAUACUGCCAUGACAUCUAGUGAUACGUUUUUCCCCCUCAGUGUUUCUGCUUCAGAGGACUUGAAACCUGACAUUGACAGUUUACAAUAUAUGGACAGUGACACUAGUAAUCAAGGGCCUGUGCCAAUAUCUGGCCCAAUGCCUGUGAUAAAACCUGGGACUCCCAGUUCAGGGACAAGUGAUAGUAGUCAAGGCCCAGUGCCGGUAUCGGGGCCGAUUCCUAGUUCAGCAGGGAUGUCACCAGGUGGCAGCAUGGAAGGCGGAGAUGGAAAGGUGCCACGCAGCCGUAAACCUCACCUGGCACGUGACUCCAAGACUUGCUCAUUCUGUAACAAGACGUUCACCUCAAAAAGCACACUCGAUGCUCACAUCCGCCUCCACACUGGUGAAAAGCCUUAUAAGUGCUCUUACUGUGGCAAGGCCUACAGUCAGAUGGCUCACGUGAAAGUCCAUGAAAGAGUCCACACAGGAGAGAAACCAUUUGCUUGUAACAUUUGUGGGAAACGGUUUUCUGUCAAGUCAAGCAUGGCUGCCCACCUUACGACACACCUGAGGGAGAUCCCUAUUCGUUCAUUAUCAGGUCGGGAUGAAACCGCUUGGUGUCCUUCUGAUUGUCACAUUUGUGGCAAACGGUUUGCCUCGAAAGCACAUGUAGAAAUGCACCUUCGUAUCCACACUGGUGAAAAGCCAUUCAAGUGUUCCUACUGCGGAAAAGCUUUCAAUCAGAAAGGACACGUAACACUCCAUGAAAGGGUCCAUACAGGAGAGAAACCAUACAGAUGUGACAUUUGUAACAAGGCAUUCAAGCAGAGUGGAACUUUGAAGUCACAUCGGUUUGUCCAUCUGAAACCUCAAAUCCAAGAACCUCUUGAUGUUUGGCUUGCAAGCAAUUCUCCGCGAUUUAAGUUCCAUUCUUGUUCUAUCUGCAAGAAAGUCUUGCCGUCGAACGACGCACUCAAAUCACACAUGCGUAUCCACACUGGUGAAAAACCUUUCAAGUGCUCUUACUGUGGCAAAGACUUCAGGCAGAAACCUCAUGUCAUGAGAUGCGGGUUCCUUGGUUGCUUUCUCGUCAGAGCGGUGGUGCUGGUCCUGAAGUUUGCGCUGUUUCAGGGAGACCAAAGUUGUGACAUGACUCUCCCUGACUUGAACUACCAACCUGGCCCCGUUCGUGGUGUUCAGCGGUCAAUGGGCUGCCCGUUCUGCCCAAAACGAUUCCCCAGCAAGUACAAGUUGAAAACGCACAUUCGAAUCCACAGCGGAGAGAAGCCAUUUGUAUGCAGUUACUGCGAUAAAGGCUUUAACCAGAAUAGUAAUCUGAAGAAACACAUCCGUGUCCACACUGGCGAGAAACCAUACGAUUGUUUAGAAUGUGGGAAAUCAUUCAAAGAUGGCUCCCAUCUGCGCACGCAUAUGAUGAGACAUCAAAUUGAGAAGAUGGGCCUAUCGCAGUGUCCUGUUUGUAGGAAGAUGUUUGAGAAUGAUACCGCCUUGCAUAAUCAUAUCACCUUGGAGCAUACUUAAGACAUGGUUGACUAUUGUGAGAUUAUAGAAUGCUGCAUAUCGUUGAUAAGUCCCUUGUCUUGACCUCCGAUUGGUACUGAGACGAAUUAUCUUCAGGCAUAUUUUGGUGUUCAUUUCUAGUAGUUUUUCAGCUGGGUUUUGAUUUGAUACAUCUAGUAUCUGACCGUCCCAGUUUCUUCACCUUCUGGAUCCAAUCAUAAUGUGGUCUCUUGCACAAGUUAUCAUAUUCAUAGUGAAUUGGAACUAGUCGAGUUCUUGACAUUAUGUCAUCUGAGUUUUUGAUAGAUGUCCAACUGGAGUUGUCAGUUUUGUUAAUUGGCUGGUUUAGUCCAUUCCUCAUUAAAAUCUUGGCUGGAGAAGUAUUGUCCAUAGAAUGUCUUAUCCUUUCUGUGUUCUUACAAAAGCAUUCAGACCUUCCUGAGGCGAGAGAGCUGUUCACUACCUCGUCACCCCUUUUGCUUGUACUGUUGGAGGGCGUUCAGUCUGACAGGUCAACAUGUCGGUUUUCAGGGUAAUACCUAGUGGGUCUCAUGAAUCAAAUGAAACGGACUCUAGUCCACAAGUCUAUUGUUUGUUUCUCUGUUUUCUUGUAUUAUUUCCUAAUUUCAGCGUCGAUUAUGAGUUUUCUGAAAGACCAAAUCUUGGUGACCUGUUUAAUUUCAGAUUCUGUGCUUCAUAAUCAUGUUUCUUUUAAAUCAGUCGUAAGAUUAUUGAUUCUAAUAUCUUGUGUCAAACUUUCUAUAAUUUCAGCUCUGUUACCCGUUCCUCCCCACCUCACAGACUCGAGUUGGUAAGGAUUAUUCCUGUAAAAUUUGUACUGACGUAUUUGUAAGCCAAGCAUGCUUAGACGUGCAUGAACAAAUCCA